GCUAGAUAUGUAUUGGAUUAUUUGAGUUCUGUUCUGUCAAAUCGCAGCAAACAGGUUACCUUAACUGUGUGCAAUCUACAUGUACCCAUGCGUUUGUGAUAUCUCUGAGCAGGUUCUCUCACCCGUCACUGAGUGGAAAACAUCAACGAUUGCGAAGACAUGGCAAAUCAGGGCAAAAGUCUUCCUUCUCACUUGACUUGCCGGCGUAAAGACCAUCCGUUCCGUUGAUGCCCUGACCCUAAAGGAUGAGAUGAAAAGGGGUGACUGCAGGCACUAUAGCGUCACAUUUCCGUCAGCCUGCUGAUGCAUUUCUCGAUUCAACCGACUCUGGGAAAAAGUCCUCUCUUCGAGCCAAGUUCAAGACUUCUCCUACAAAUCGCCCCUUUUCCAUUUCUUGCUCUCAUCUCACCCAAUUACCAUGAAAAGGCGUUGGCAAGGCGAUCGACGCCCGGCUCAAGCCAACACAUCUUCCACCCAAGCUCACUCGGAUCCUAUUCCGCCUGCCAAGAUCAAAUUCGAGACCUCUUCCGAUGUUGACACAGACGACUCCGAAGGUGAACAAGCGUCAGAGUCUGCCAUCACAAUGAAGGAGCCUGAGCCUAAACGAGCACGGUUCGACCAGGGCGCGCCCAGGACUCCGUCUCAACCACAGCUUUCUAGUCCUAACACAGCGACUCCCCGAUGGGCACCUUCACAGCCCAGAGCUUCAUUCAAAGAUCCACGCAACGUGGUUCCCCAUAUUCCGCAUAUUGUCACCCCGGUCCCUCUACCUCACCGGCCAGCGUCGCCCCGUGUUGCCCCUACCAGCAACAACCAGCAUCAGUUUCCGCAGGCACGAAGUCGACACUAUGCCCCAAACAACAAAAACGAGCGGAGACCUUAUAAUCCGCCGACUCCCCAGAAUCACUCCCGAUUCGACCAGCUUCCAGAUGCAGACCGCCCCGAUCCGUCCUUGUAUUCUCAGGUCGGGGACAAUGCAAGCAGACAAACUCUUUUUCAACGUGCGAAUCAGCGCGGUCAGUUCAUCCAAGCGCAUAUGCAAAGAAUCCAGCAAGUCAUCAUGAAAGAAAAGGAGGUAAACGAAAGGCUCGCUACCGCCAAGAAGGAAUCGGAGCAACAGAAGCAGGAGCUAGAGCAGCUGCGGAAACAGCACGAAGAAGACAAGCAAAGCCUCCAGAAUCAACUCGACGAGCAGACGGCAUUUGGCAAGGACAUGCAGACCAGAAAGAACAACAUCCUCGCAAAGAAACGCUUGCACAAGAAGGAUGCCGAAGAAUUGCGAGGGGAAACAGCGACAUUACAAGAGAAACUGAAGGCUUCGGAGGAUGAGAUCGCCUCUUUGAAGAAGUCUAUCACCCAGACGAAAAAGCUGAACGCGGAUCUAGGAGUAGAGAAAAGGGCUUUCAAAGACAAGAAACUUGAGCUGAAGCAGACGGUCAAUGAGUUGACCCAGGAACAGACCGAACUGAAGCAAAAAGUGGACACGAUGUCCAGGGUCAAGGGCGAGUUGGAAGCCAAAAUUGGUUCCCAGGAGAGGUUCAUCAGCUUCGUCCUAAAUGGCCGUAGUGUCGAGGAUGUGGAGAGGGAGAUGACAGAGUCGUACCGCAAGCAGGUGCGCGAUGCACUGCGUCCGAUAGCAUCUCACAGCAGCCCGCGCGCCCCGAAGCCCGAGAGCUCGUGAUUGCACAGGCGGGGGGGAAAUGACUUGGCCAGGGGAUUGGGAAACAACUGUUUGUGCAGUGUUCUUAUC